GCCCCGAGGGGGGCGCCGGGCCCGCACCGCCCCCGCGCCGCGCCGGCUGCCUACUGCCCCUCGGCGCCCCUGUGCAGCGCCGCCGCCUGGCCCAGCUCCGCUCGGCUCAGCCUGCCCCGGUCCGGCCCUGCCCGGCCCGGCGGAGCCGCCGCGCGGAGCGGGGCCGGCGGCCGAAGAGCCUCGCCGAGAAGGCAGCCGCAGGCGUUGCGCGCCCGGGGUCGCGCACCCCACGUCUCGCAGCGCCCCGCAGACCUACCGACCGACAGCCUGUGUGCUUAAUUCACCUGGACAGUGACAUUGGUGUCCCUCAAGUUGUUGCUGCCAUUGGCAGACUGUCCAUUGGCAGACUGUCCAUUGGCAGACUGACAUCCGCCACUGGCUUUGUCAGAAACAGUAUCUUCCAAAUGGUAGCAGUGGAAGGACUUUGUCAAGGACUAAUUUGUCAGGUUGUUACCACUGGAAACCCUGUCCUAGAUUAUGAAACUAUGCCAAAGAGAUUUGAUUUACAGAUUUUUGUUGAAGACACAACUGGGAGGACUGACCUUAACAUACUGACUGUCCAAGUAACAGAUAAAAAUGAACGUCCUGUAUUUCGAGGAAAUAUGGCAAUUCAAACUGUAACGAUCUAUGUCUUGGAAGGAACACCUCCAGAAUGCAUUUACCAAGUUGAUGCAGCUGAUCCUGAAAAUGCUGAACUCAAAUAUUCACUGCUCCCCGCACCAGUGCCAUUCAUGGUCUUAGAAAGCGGAGCCAUUUUUUCCACAAAAGAAUUUGAUUAUGAGAAGGAUCCACAUUGUUACUUUUUAAAUGUAACAGUGACAGAUCCAGAAGGACUCAACUCGACUAAAACAGUGAAUAUAAAUAUAAUUAACAUCAAUGAUGAAAGACCUUAUUUUACCACAAAACAAAGAAUCUACAGGAUUCCAGAGGAGCAAAGCCCAGGCACUGUUGUUGCCAAUAUAACAGCUAAAGACCCUGAUGAUGAAAACUCUCCCAGCAGACUUUUCUACAGCAUCCAGUCUUCUGACAGAUAUUUCUCCAUAAAUCCAUCAACUGGAGUGCUGCAGGUGGCUGGGAGAAUUGACCGAGAUGCCCUUCCACUGCGGCUCCAUCCUAAUGUUUCAGUGAUAAUCCAGGUGGAGGACAGUCCCAGUGUCGGUCAUGCCAGCGAAAUGGAGAUCACAAUCAUUAUUGACGAUAUCAACGACAACUCACCAGAAUGCAAUCCUUCUACCUUCAGGAAAGAGGCAAAUGAAAAUAUGACUGCUGGGACAUUUCUUCUUGAUCUUAGAAACUACUGUAAAGAUAUUGAUGUCAAUCCAUCAAACAAUCAAUUUAAUUUCGUUGGAUUAUCUGGUUUUGGAAGCAAUAACUUUGCUCUGGAGUCUACUGGAUCUGGAAGACUUGUGAUGACUGGAAGUAUUGAUUUAGAAAACCCAGCUAAUCUAGGAGUUGGAGUUUAUUCUUUGACUGUCAGGGUGCAAGAUAGUGCCUAUCCUAACUACUCAAAUAUCAUCUACAUUUACAUCAGGAUAAAGCCAGUGAAUGAAUUUUUUCCAGUCUUCAGUAAUUUAUCAUAUGAGUUUAAUGUUUCAGAAAUUGCUAAAGUUGGAUCCAGCAUUGGGAGAGUGAAUGCCAGAGACAAGGACUGGCCACCCAGCGUCAUCACUUAUUCCAUUGUAGCUGGAGGAAGCACCAGGGAUUACACAAAUGUCUUCUGGAUCAACCCAACCAAAGGAGAUGUGAAGAUUUUAGCUAGAUUAGACUAUGAAACAACUCAGAAACACAUUCUCACAGUACAGGCCUCAGACCAAGAGAAGACUGCAACAGCGUCUGUAACUGUCAAUGUUUUGGAAGUAAAUGAUGAAGAACCAAUUUGUUCACCCAAUUUCUAUUCGUUUCAAAUCCCAGUCAGCAUAGCUGUUGGGACCAAUAUUAAUGGCUUCAGGAUUGAAUGUCAAGAUCGUGAUUCUGAUCCCAGGUCUUUCCGUUACUUCAUUAAUGAAGGCAACAUGAACAAUCACUUCACCUUUUCACCAAGUGCCGGCUCCAACACAUCUCGGCUGAUUCUUGCAUCGAGCUUCGACUAUGAGAGUGGACUUGAUAAAAACUGGAUUUAUAGACUGCGUGUCUAUAUAACAGAUGACAAUUUACUAUCUGCCAGGGACAAAACUACACACCUAAUUAAAACUGGAAUGGUGACUUUAAGCAUCAGAGUUAUCCCGAACCCAACUACUGUCAUUGCCACAACACCUGGCUUCACUGUUGUGACAAAAAGGGAAAAUCUCUACUCUGAAUCGGCGUGGUACGUGCCGUUCAUCAUCACCCUCGGCAGUUUGCUGCUCCUCGGACUGCUGGCAUACCUGGGGUUCCUGCUGGCGACGUGGGUCCGCAUGCGCUGCCUUCCGGCAGGCAAAGCAGAUGGCACGCCUCUGAUAAAUGCUCCAGAAAAGAAGAAACCUAAGAAAGAAGUAGUUGUGACAAUGACAAAGCUAAACACUGUCUUUGAUGGAGAAGCCAGAGACCCAGUCACUGGAAAAAUGUAUGAAUUCAAUACACGGUCAGGGGCCCGGAGAUGGAAGAAGAGCAGCGAGACCCUUCAGCCGGUGCCAGCCGUGCAGGUAACAUCAAGUACCACAGACAAUGGUGACCAAGGGACAGAGCAAGCAGAGGCACCAAGCAGAAAAGAGAUUUCAGAGAAGAGGAAAGAGCCAACAGCAGAGACAAAAUCAGCCGUCAAGCCCUCGGCAGGGCAAUUAGAAACACCAGGGCUGAGAUUACAAAAGCAGAAAGAGGAGUCUGAGGACAGGGGGUUGUCCUCACCAGUCCCCCAAGGCAGAUACUGACCUCCUCUCCCAUUAAGCCAGCCUUAAAGCAGGGUGCACGAGACUCCAAGGCACCACCCAAACCACUACUGCUCUGAACAGCCAAAGAAUGAACAGAUGCUGACAGAUGUGAUUUUCUCAGUAUAUUCCAGCUGCAAAACAUAAGGUGGCCACUGCUGUGUAAACUGGACCCAAAGGCAGGAUGAAGCUGGACUUACCUUUGGCAGGUGCAGGUAAGAGUGGGAGAGAAGGGGAGGACAUGAAAGGGGGAGAAGAGAAAAAAGCAGAGUCAUGGACAGAAGCAUCCACUGCCCUCGGGCUACAGCUGCUGGCAGUUUCCUCCUGGAAGAGCUCUGCAUCCGCCGCCACGUCCUCUGACUGCCUUCAGGGAGGGCAGCGUACACACAGGCAUGCUUUCUCAUCGGUGAAUGGGGUCUCCUGUCCCUGCUGAGUAGCAGAAUGGGUGAAAAGCACAUCAGGGUUGAAAAGUGCUGGUAACAGCUAAAAAUAUUUUCUUUUCAUUCAGUAUUUUAUUUCAGCCCUUCCACGCCCUCCCAUCUUGCUGUAGAAGAGAUCAUGGCUUGAAAGCAGUUUUGCAGUGGAGAAAACGCACAGCUUGUUAUGAUAUCUCAGGCUGUCAUGUCAACGAUUUCAGCUUAUUUAUCUUUUGUAACACUAGCAGCAUUCAGUAUCUUCACCUCUGGUAUUUCCUCUGGCGUGUUUAAUGUUUUACAGAAUCAAGUGGAACACACUCAAAAGAAUAAUGACAGUAAACACAUGGGGUGAAAUAAUCUUUUCUGAGUGUGGGCAUGUAUAAUGUAAGUGCUGUCUGAGAACCUGAUAUAAAACCAGCAAACCCUACAAGAUUUCAGAAAGUUAUUUUAAUCUGAAGAAAAUUAAUUAUAAAUGAUGCCUUAAUGCUCAAUGUCUUGGCUUCUUUUCUUUCCUGAUUACAAAAAGUUUUUUUGGUGAUAUCAGGGGCAAAAGAAAAUACUUGGUUUACAUUCAGCAGGGACAGUUAAUGAUUUUAUCCAACCUGUGACACACAUCAGUUUUUGUCGUACAAUGGAGGGCCUGGAUGGGGAGGCCCAGGGUAAUUUCGCUGAGGAUCCUACACUUUACAAAACCACCCGUUAGGGUGCUGCAGCUCUUUGCUGUGCUCCAAAGGAGCGGUUUGGCUCAGGAACAACUUCCCUUACAAACACCAAAUGUCUUCACUGAAAUGCCAUUUCAUUGCGCAAUCAGAAACCCAGCAUGUCAUGAACACCACAAUGACAGAGAUAGGAAAGAGUGAUUUAUACUCUCUGAGUGUGUUACUGGGUUACCCUCUCUGCAGUGGUUGGUAUAGCAGCGUUUGACCCGCCAGCACCAAGAGACCUAGCUACACGUUCAGAGCUCCAACCCACCGUUGUUUGCAUUCAUUCGCUGUGAAUAUGAUAUAUUACAUUUCUAUGCAGGGGGGUUUCCAGUGACAUAGAGAAGUUCUGUGGUAACUGGUAGUACUGCUCAGAUCUUUAAGUCACUCUGACACCAAGCUACCCACAGGCACGCCUGGCCCCUACAAAUGUUAAAUCUUCGUUACCUGGAGAAGUUAACUGCAUUGUUUUUACGACAGGAAGACACGCAAGCUUUUGUAUUUAUUUUCCUGGGCAUUUCUCUGGGGCUGCCACUCUGCCUCCUCAAUUCCUCUCAUUCUACUUUUGUGAUUAGGAGAUAAUUACCUUUUUUUUUUUUAAGGGGAGGCAGAGACAGGCUGUAGUUUCAGCCAUGAAACCUGGAAAGAGAUGGAUGAAAACUCAUCUUUCUUUACUACUCUUUCUGCUGCUGAACUGUACAAGCUCCUUUCCUUCCUUCUCAGGAGAAAAAAACCCAACAGCAGUGUAACACAGUGUCACAGCAUGCUCUGAGCAUCCAUGUAUGCAAACACAUUGUCAUGACCAACACUGCUGGUGCCAUAGUCUCCCAAAGAUGGCAAACAGCUGGAUGAAAAGCAACUACCCUCAUAGUGAUGUUCACAUACUCUAACCUUGGCACAACUGACAGCUCUACAAAGAGGCACCAUGGGUCUAAGAGCUGCCAGAUCUAAGAGCUAAUACUGCCCAGGAUGCCCGGGCAGUUCAGGUGAGUUUAGCUGAUGCAUUCAGCCUUUUGGGGGGGUAGGUUCAGACGAGAUUAGCUGUCUUAUGAGUCCCAUGUAACUUGCUGUGUGGGGAAACAAGUGUGCUGACCCUACAGCACAGCUAUGUGCUUUCUCACUCAUACUCUUGGUUCAAUAUGGGCAAUGCUGAUCUCCAGCUCCAACUAAUUCUUUAUCCUGGUCUUCACUGUAAGACCUUAAUUUGGCCAUGCACAGAACUACUUUCCUUGCUCAGGAUCUACAAAAAUGAAAUCAAGGAAUAACAAGGCUUUAUCGGAGCAUCAGCUUUAUGCAAAAGUAGCACAAUUUUCCCAACAGCUUCCCCUAGUACUACUGACUUUCCUCCUUGUGAAGGGAUCAAGGAUGAGCUCAGGUCUUGCUGAGCUGAAGCAUGGCAGUUUAUUUCUUUGGCCUGUCUUUGGUAGAGCAAAAGCAGAGAAGACAGA